ACCUCCACUCGUCACAUUGGUCUCGGGCUUCAUUCUUUCACGUGCUUAUUCAGAGACAUUAAUUCACCUGUCUUGUCCUUGCAUCAAUCUCGCUCAACCGCUUCCACUAAUGGACGAUCCCGAGGCGCUGCUGCCGGCGAUCGGGCGGCGGACGAGGCAGCUGCGGCAGCAGGAGCAGAUGCUGCGGGAAGCCGUCACGGGCGCGUCGCGGAGGAAGGAGACGAGCGCCGCGGCGCGGAGGGCAGCCAGAGAGGCGCACCAGCAGCUGCUGCGCGCUCGAAUGCCGGCUCUUAACGCGCAGGCGAAUGCGGAGUUGGGCGCCAUGGAGGGCCACGCCGCUGCCAUCGCCGCCUUCCUCUCCCACCCGCCCCCCGCGGCCCUGGCCAUGUUCGCGGGGCUGGAGCCGCUGCUGGAGGCGCAGGAGGCGGCGGCGGUGCAGCAUGAGGCGUGGAAGCGACGGCAGCUCGAGCAGGGGCCGUCCAGGGCGGUGGCAGCAGAGGAACUCGAGCGGUACUCCCCGUGCGACCUCAACGACCUGGAUGGCGACGCCAUGGCGGGGGUUUACUGGAGCUCGCGAGGCGCCAUCCACCGCCGCAACAUCGAGGAGCUCAAGCACGUGCAUGACCUCGCGGGGCUGGCGGAGCAGCGCCACAUGGCGGCCAUGGUGGACCAGGCCAGGUGGACGGCCCGGGGGAGAGCGCUGGGGCGAGCAGUGGGCAGCAGCAGCAGCGGCGGCAGCACGCGUAUGGGAGCGGGCAUGGGGCGGGGAGGCGUGGGGGGAUUGGAGGAGAGGAUGAGGCGGCGGCAGUUGGACGACGUGCAGGCCGAGGUGGCGCGGGUUAGAGGCGUGGUGAACAAGCUGUGUGUGGAGAAGGCACGGCUGCAGGACACCAUGGUCACUGCCGGCGACUACGGGCUCAAGAUUCAGCGGCAGCGCUUCUACAUGGACAAGAUGCAGCAGCUGCUGACUCAGCAGUACUGGCAGCUGGCUGCCAACGUGGCGCUGCAUGGAGCCUUCCUAUUGGACAUGAGCCACCUGGAGCGAACGAUGCAGCUGAUGCUCCAGUUGCAUUGUGACACGUCAGCCGCCUUGCGGGACUCUGAGACUCGCAAGGCAGCCUACAGGUCGCUGGCAGCACAAGCAACUGCGCCCAUCGCCCACACCAUACCGCCACCACUCUGCUCCUCCCACCGCCCUUUCCCCCCCACCUCUCCCCACCUCCCUGCCCCUCUCCCCCUCUGGCCUGCGCUGCUCUCCGCCCUCUCUUCCCCCACUGCUCAAGGAGCGGCACAAGGGGCAGCAGGGGGGGGUGAGGGGGAGAGCGCAGCAGUGGAGGCGGGGCGGCGAGUGGAGGAGUUGAAAGGGCGGGCGGAGGAGGAGGGGGAGCGGGUGCAGCAGGGCAUGGAGCGCACGGAGCGGCUGCUGGGGCGUAUGGCGCACAUGCAGGCGGCCCUGUUGUCGCUGCUCUCCUCUGCCCGUGCCACCCCUUCCUCCACUGCCGCACAUGCCAUGCCGCUGCACCUCUCGCCCCCUGCUCUGGUGGAUGAGCGCCUGCGAGUGGAGCGCCAGCUCAGUGAUGAGGUGGCACCAGCAGUUGACAGGCUGGCAGACGAGUGGCAGACAGCUCAAAGGAGCGCGGCCCAUGCAGCGAGCCACGGCAUCCGGCAGCGGGUGCUACGGGGCUUCUUCACGCCCGGGGCGCUGCCACAGGCGCUGCUGCUGGCGCAGGGAGCGCAGGGGGGCGAGCAGCAGGCGCAGGGCCAGGUGCAUGGGCAGAGGGGGGAGCCACGGGAGGCACAGGAAGAGGAUGCUGGCAGGGGCCGUGGCGUGGGCACUACUGGGGGCAGUAGCAUGGGCGCCAGCGAGGGCAUGGGCAUGGAGGGGGGCAUGGAUGUGGGGAUGGGCAUGGGCAUGGAGGAUGACGAUGAGACCAUCAUAUUCUGAGUGCCAUGCAGCAGGCACAGCAUGGACACAUGUGGGUGUCUCGUUUGUAAUUUGUAACCCUCAAGCCUCGUGUGCUGAGAUUGCCUCCCUACAG